UCUUUUUCUAUGUUGAUAGUGACAAUUUUUACAUUUAUAGCAAAACACAAUUAAUCAGUGGAAUAAUGAGUAAUAAAUAUCUAGAGAGUACUGCCUAUGCUCCACUAUCUCUAUCUACUUAGCUUCGCCAUAAAAAAUUCUAUUUCCCACCUAUCUUUUAUAAAUUCAGUAUCUUCAUCAUUCAAUCUCUAACCAACACUUUUCAACCACAACUUACACACUACAAACACAAAAAACAAAUCAAAUCCUAGGACACAAAUUCCAAAGUAGCCAACUUAGUCAUGAUGUGGAAUUCCUUUCUCUUUUUCUUUUUCUCUUUCUUCAUCUUCAAUUUAGGAUUCUUAGAGGCUCAAAAGGUUCCUGCUAUUUAUGUUUUUGGAGACUCACUUGUUGAUGUUGGAAACAAUAAUUACUUGAAUGAUACCUUACUAAAAGCUAUGUUUCCUUACUAUGGCAUUGAUUUUCCGACUAAGAAACCUGCUGGGAGGUUUAGUAAUGGCAAAAAUGCUGCUGAUUUGAUUGCUGAAAAAAUAGGUGUGCCCACUUCACCACCUUAUCUGUCCCUAGUAUCUAAGAUCAAAAACAACAACAGGAAUGUAUCCUUUUUGGGUGGUGUUAGCUUUGCCUCUGGAGGUGCUGCAAUCUUUAAUGUCACACAUAAAAAUUUUUGGGGAUCAAUACCUUUGACAACGCAAGUGGACUACUAUUCACAAAUGUGUGACCAAUUGACACAACAAAUAGGAGCAUCUACACUUCAGAAACAUAUCUCAGAAUCUAUCUUCUUAGUUGUAAUUGGCAACAAUGAUAUCUUUAAUUACUUUAAUUCAAAGGAUCUUCAAAAGAAAAACACCCCACAAAAAUAUGUCAAGUCCAUGGCUUCUUCAUUAAAAGUGCAACUACAGAGAUUAUACAAAAGUGGUUCAAGGAGAUUUGAGAUUGCUGGUGUUGCUGCAAUUGGAUGUUGUCCUACAUUGAGGCUCAAGAACAAAACAGAAUGCUUUUCAGAAGCCAAUUUAUUGUCAGUUGAAUUUAAUAAAGAACUUCAAUCCAUGUUAAAGCAAUGGGAAUCGGAAAACAAGAACAUAAGUUACUCAUUCUUUGAUACUUAUUCUGCCAUCCAAGACAUCAUUCACGAUCCAACUUCUCAUGGAUUUGUUGAUGUGAAAGCAGCAUGUUGUGGAGAUGGUGAACUGAAUGCUGAGUAUCUAUGUCUACCAAGUUCAAACAUUUGUAGCAAUAGACAAGACCAUAUCUUUUGGGAUGCUGUCCAUCCUACAGAGGCAGCAACUCGUAUAAUUGUGGAUAGACUUUUUAAUGGACCUUCAAAAUACACAUAUCCUGUUAAUAUGAAAGAGUUACUUCAUGUAUCAAUUUCCCAAUCACUUAAUCCCUUUAAUUUCUUCAUUUUAUUGGGUUUGUUGGUUACUUGUUAUCAACUAAAUACAAACUAAAUGAAAGAAAAGAAAAAUAGUAGCGCAACAUGAAUUACUAUGAGAAAAGUGAAUGUGUUAAUUGAAAUAUAGAAUAUUAAUCAAAUGAUUAGUGAAUUAAUAAAAGCUUUCCCUUUCCUAAUA